CACAGCCUCGCGGCGCGGAUCCGCUAAAGGCACAGCCGUCGCCGCCGCCGCCGCGAAAGGCAACGCGUGCCUCUCCCAGUGGCACCCCGGACACCUGCAAGGAGCGGAGCGGGGGAACCAACAAGCAGCCGGGAGGCGGAUCAGGCCAAGCUCAAAAAGAGGCGAUCCGGUGCCAGAUUUCCCCCCAUCUCCGCUACAGCUUUCCUUUCUAGACCCCACACAGCCAAUAUGGAUCCUGGCAUGAGGAGGAACAAGGCUGAGGACAGAGAGCAGCAACAGCAGGAGGAGGAGGAGGAAGAAGUGGAUCCCAGGAUUCAGGGGGAGCUCGAAAAGUUGAAUCAAUCCACAGAUGCUAUUAAUCGGAGAGAAACCGAGCUUGAGGAUGCACGCCAGAAAUUCCGUUCUGUUCUGGUUGAAGCUACAAUAAAACUAGAUGAACUAGUGAAGAAGAUCGGGAAGGCAGUAGAAGACUCGAAACCUUACUGGGAAGCGCGGAGGGUUGCCAGGCAGGCACAGUUGGAAGCUCAGAAGGCAACACAGGAUUUCCAGAGAGCUACUGAGGUACUACGGGCUGCCAAGGAGACCAUUUCCCUUGCAGAACAGAGGCUGCUAGAAGAUGACAAGCGUCAAUUUGAUUCUGCCUGGCAAGAGAUGCUCAACCAUGCCACUCAAAGGGUCAUGGAGGCAGAACAGACAAAAACCAGAAGUGAGCUGGUGCACAAGGAGACAGCAGCCAAAUACAAUGCUGCCAUGGGCAGAAUGAAACAGUUGGAGAAGAAGUUGAAAAGGGCCAUAAAUAAAUCCAAGCCUUACUUUGAACUCAAGGCAAAAUAUUACGUACAAUUAGAGCAAUUGAAGAAGACGGUCGAUGAUCUGCAAGCAAAACUGUCAUUGGCAAAGGGUGAAUACAAAACCGCUUUGAAGAACUUGGAGAUGAUCUCAGACGAGAUCCACGAGAGGAGGCGAGCCUCCUCCAUGGGGCCCAGAGGAUGUGGUGUGGGCGCUGAAGGCAACAACACUUCAGCAGAAGACCUUUCAGUGUGCAAAUUGGACUCGGAUAAUAUCUCCAUGGCUUCUGAAGUCUUUGAGGAUGACAACUGCAGCAGCUUUGUGUCGGAAGAAGAUUCUGAAACCCAGUCUGUAUCUAGCUUCAGUUCUGGUCCAACAAGCCCUUUGGAUAUGCCAGCUCAGUUUCUUCCUGUGGUGAGGCCUAGAAGCCUGGAUCUGUCCAGCCCCAUCUCAUUGUCUGAAUUUGGCGUAUUUCCUCUGUUAGGACCUCGCAGUGAAUGCAGUGGUGCUUCCUCUCCUGAAUGUGAAAUUGAAAGGGGAGAUCGGGCAGAAGGAGCAGAGAACAAGACACUCGAUAAGGUAAACAAGAACCGGAGCAGCAGCAGCCAUAACUCUUCCAAUGGCCCAACGUUGGAUAAUAGGAUGAAGCGUCUCUCCCUACAGUGCCCAAAAGUCAAAGAUGGGAUUUGCGCAGACAGAAAAAUAGUACAGAUCGGCUGACGAUAAUAUGUCAUCCUGGAGCAAACAAGGAAUCUAAAUUAUUUAUACACAAACGUCUUCUAAAUGUCGGAAGAACCUUGUGCCAAUAACUAAUAUAUGCCAAAUCUUCAAACAUUUACUCUUUAAAACUGCACUAAGAGUUACAUCAGUGUUGAGGGCUGAAGUGUGUGCGCGCGCGUGUGUGUGUAGAUUUUAAAUAAAAGUGAAAUCUUUGUCGCGACAGAAGCCAGUCUCAAACAUCAGCUGUGCCUGUUGUACUUCACAGCCUUUGUAGGAUGUUUCGUAGCAGUUUGGCAGAAGCAAUAACUAGCGCCGUCCCCUCUACGGAGUUCUGGGCCACUUGGGUGCCGAAGCCAAAUGUUUGGGAAGAGCAGCCGGCAUCCAUUUUGUGAACUGAACUGCGGCUUAGACACGGCAGAAUUCCAAGGUGCUGAUGGCCUCGCCUUUUAAAUACCUUGUACUUUAAAUGUCUGUGUUAUAUUUUGGAUUAUAAAAGGACACUGUUGCAUGGAAUUGAGCCUAGAAACUUUCACUCUUCCUGUAGAGCUCAUAUGUGAUGAGAAAUUAUACCUCGGAAGUAACAUAAAUGUGUUAAUAUUUAUACACAUGCCCCUUCUAGCUUUCUAUGAUUUGGAGUUUUGGGGAGGGUGAGUUUCACCUCUUAUGAAUCCAGUGACCAAAAUCAAAUGUCCAUUGGGAUCUUAUGACACUUUGCCCAGUGCUUCAGAGUGCUUUGGUUGUAUCGAAUAGGCAUGGAUAGGGAAAUUAUUAUAUUUACACCUUGGUCUAACAAGAAUAAAGGGGGGGAGGUAUGCAUGAACAGAUGGCUUGUCUGUUGGUUAAGGUUGAAGGGGUGAGUACUUUUUAAUAUCUCCAUAGGUUGUCAUGUGUAGCGUUUUUAGAGUAAUUAAAGGGACUUAUAAACUUAGCAUCCCUUUGACAAAAGGCUGAGUGAGAUUGGAAAGGGAAUUCGAAGCAUGCUUGAGUAACAGCUGUUAGGGAGUAGAGGUGUCUGGUAGUUAUGCUAAUAAGAAAUAGUUAAAAUCAUAGGACUUUUGUUUUCUUAGCUAGCAUUUAUAAAAUUGGCAUAAGCCAUCUCUAAUAAACAUAUUUAUUUUCUGGGUGUUUAGCAAUGACCCCUCUCCGCAAAUUUUCUGUUCCUUCGCUUAGUUUUAUUGUAUUUUAUUCCUACUAUGUAGCUUGUAUAUCUAUUCCAAAAACAAAUGUAAAAGAAGCCUACACACACUACAGUAAACUUCUCCUUUACGCUUUCAAAAUUUCAUUUUCAUGUGCAGUAUGGUUAUACUGAAAGUGUUUAAAAUGCUUUUAGAAAAGUCCUUUACAAAUUUGUUCCCCCGAAUAUACAUCAGCCUUCCAUUUGUGCGUUUGGUUAUGCUUCACAGCUGAGGAAAUGGACUUUGCGAGUGCCAAAUGGAAUGGGAAUAAAUAAAGUGAAAACUAGAGGUU